GGGGGGCCGCGCAUGCGCAGGCGGUGCCGCCGCGGCCUGGUCAGGGAGCGGCGGGCGGGCGGCGGAGGGGCCGGGCAGGGCCGCGCCGUGCGGGAUGGACGAGGACGUGCUGACCACGCUGAAGAUCCUCAUCAUCGGCGAGAGCGGCGUCGGCAAGUCCAGCCUUCUGCUGCGAUUCACAGAUGAUACAUUUGACCCGGAACUUGCAGCAACAAUUGGUGUGGACUUCAAGGUGAAAACUAUCUCAGUUGAUGGAAACAAAGCUAAACUAGCGAUAUGGGAUACUGCGGGUCAGGAAAGGUUCAGAACUCUAACACCCAGUUACUACAGAGGUGCACAAGGUGUUAUCCUAGUUUACGAUGUCACAAGAAGAGAUACUUUUGCCAAGCUGGAUAACUGGUUAAAUGAACUGGAAACGUACUGCACAAGGAACGACAUAGUGAAAAUGCUCGUUGGAAACAAGAUUGAUAAGGAAAACCGUGAAGUUGACAGAAAUGAAGGUCUCAAAUUUGCAAGAAAACAUUCCAUGUUGUUCAUAGAGGCAAGCGCAAAAACAUGUGAUGGUGUACAGUGUGCCUUUGAAGAACUCGUUGAAAAAAUCAUUCAGACUCCGGGACUGUGGGAGAGUGAGAGCCAAAACAGAGGUGUAAAAUUAACAAACAAGGAAGAAGGAUAUGCAGGAAGCGCGUGCGGUGGAUAUUGUUCUAUGUUAUAAACUUUGGGAAGCUUAUUAUUUGCAUAUUUAAACAGAUAGCGACAUCUUUCUGUAAAUAAAUUCAUGAAAUGCUAUUUUUAGGGACCUUGCAGUUUGCACAUAAUUGUUUUGUAUCAUGGCAGUGAACACUAGUAGGAAAAUUGUUCUGCAGCUUUCCCAGUUUGAAAAUGUUAUGGUAAGCAUGCCCAAUUUGCGAUCUUCAGGUUUUUAUAAGUAGCAUAAAUAACGUGCAAGAACAAAUGCACUAAAAGUUUUGGCUGUAUACAUCCAUCAUGUAACUAUUCUAAACAAGUCCAUCUAAAACAUCUCUACAUUGUCUGCUUUUUCUCUUGUUUUUAAAUACUGUUUAAAUUACAGAACUAUAUAGUGUGCACAGAUCUUAAAAACAAUGUCAGCUAUAUUACAUUUCAUCUCUUCUAGUUGAUGCUUUUUAUGAUAUUAAAAACAGCAUGAUUAUACAGCUUUUAGACAAAUGCUGAAUUUUUCUUUCAGCAGAGCUGUCUAAAACACAAAUUGGCACAGGCCAUAGUUGGUAUCAGCACCUUCUGGAAGAGAUGCUUUGAGAGCUUCUUUUGCAAAGCUGGGAGAUGCCCUUUUUUCUUUUUAAUCAUCACUUCAGUUGAUGGCUUAACUGGAGUUUUAAUCCUGUGAUAUUUAUAUACUAAACUUGUGGUACUCUUGCACUCUAAGUUUUUAUUAUGCAGUCUACCCUAGACCUGCUGUAGAAAGUCUUCAUUUUGGCACGGGGUCUAAAUGACAUCUUUGUUCUUUCAUUGUGAAUCAAUUUGCCACACUUCGGUACAGAUGCCUAAUUUUCUUAAAUGUUUGUAAUAUAACUAUCUCAAACUGUAGCUCACUAUGGCUGUGAAGACCUCUAUUACAUGUCUGCUUUGUGUGACUACCUGUUCAGAAAUAUAACUUCCUGUCACAGACACUAAGUGGGAAGCUCUAGGGCUUCUGUAUGGAAAAUACUAUUGCAAUGAGUAUUCACUUGAAUUUACUGUACCAGAGCCAAUGGUUUGUUUCAGAAGACUUGUAUAGGCUAAUAAAUUUUUUUUCCACAGUGUUCAACUUUUCUAACCUCUUUCUAUUGUAGAGUUGUAUAUUUUCCAGCACGUGCAAUUUAAACAAGGUCACUUCUCACACAGGAAUUUUUUCUGAGUUUUGAAGGACGAGAUGAGGAUGCUGUGUUGAUUUUAAAUUUUUUUUAAUAAUCACUGUAGUGCAAUCAGUAACCGAACUAUUGGGCAAUUUCUUGUAAAUACAGUGAAUGACUACCUUUUAUUACUGCAAGGUUUUGUGUACAUGUUAGCAUACAUGAUCUGUAUUUUGCAGCAGGUCUUGGCUGCUUCUGUUAAAAUACACUUUUCACAUGGAAAUUUGGUUUUCUAUUGUUUGACACUUGCUAGAAAACAAUACCAAAUUUGAAGACUUAACCGUGCUAGUUGUUUUUACCAAAUAUUGUAUCUAUAGUAUUGUUAAUGUAGUAGGAUAAUUUAAAUAUGUACAUGUAAUUGAUAUUAAAUACACAUACAUAUUGUAUUAAAACAUUA